AUGGUACGGUCGUCAUCUGCUGUGGAGGAAAAAACUGUUGAAGGAAGUGUAAUUAAUACGGCAACUCUAAAGCUUUUACUUAUUAUAAGUUUAUAUUACCCGUUGUCAAUUGGUCUUACUUUUUACCAGAAAGCAUUUUUAAAUGUUUAUGGACUACCUUUAUUUGUGGUUGCCGGUCACUACCUGUUUAAAUAUUUUUUGGCUUCAAUUCUACGUUGUUUUCUUGAAUGCUUCUGCGGUCGAAGAAGCCGAAUUUCACUAAAGGAACAACUGCGAUGGCUAACUCCUAUUGGUAUUUGUGCGUCGCUGGAUAUAGGCCUUUCAAACUGGGGACUGGAGUAUGUUACUGUAAGUUUGUAUACGAUGGGUAAAUCUACAAGUAUUUUGUUCAUUGUUGCUUUCUCACUUCUUUUUCAUUUGGAAAGAUGGCGAGCUAGUCUUGGAUUUGCUACUGGCUGCAUUGCUUUUGGCCUGUUUUUAUUUACAUGGAGGGCUUCGCAGUUCGACCCUCUUGGCUUUUUUUUAAUAGAAUUAGCAUCUGCUUGCACGGGAGUUCGUUGGACCGUUUCUCAAAUGGUAAUGCAGCGUGAAGAUCAAACCUUACGGAACCCCAUUGAUAUGAUAGUACACGUGCAGCCGUGGAUGCUCCUUGCUAUAGUUCCCCUGGUAUAUAUUUUUGAAGGAUCUAAAAUUUCUUUUACGAGGCUGUUUAGCUGUGGAGAAACUUUUGCUCCAGUAGAAGUCUUUAUUUUUAUUGCUAUCGGGGGUCUUCUCGCGUUCGCGAUGGAAAUGUCUGAGUAUCUCCUGUUAGUUACUACAUCCGGAAUAACCUUGAAUAUAUUUGGAAUUAUAAAGGAAGUCGUAACUCUUCUUUUGGCACACAUAAUAAAUGACGACCGGCUAAGCGUGGUUUGUUCUUUUUAG